UCAGCAACUCGACCGAGCCGAGAGCCAACAGUCUCUAAAAAAAGUCGCUUUUUUUUUUUAAAAUCCUGCCCACUUUCCUUUUUUUCCUCCAGAAGUUGACAUACUGCCUAUAAAACAACAGCGACAAUAUGCGUGAGAUUGUGCAUCUUCAGGCCGGGCAGUGCGGGAACCAGAUUGGAGCGAAGUUCUGGGAGGUAAUCAGUGAUGAGCACGGGAUUGAUCCUACAGGGACCUACCAUGGGGACAGCGAUCUGCAGCUGGAUCGGAUCAAUGUCUACUACAACGAGGCUUCAGGUGGAAAAUAUGUGCCAAGGGCCAUCUUGGUGGAUCUGGAGCCAGGCACCAUGGAUUCUGUUCGCUCUGGCCCUUUUGGACAGAUCUUCAGGCCGGACAACUUUGUCUUUGGUCAGAGUGGAGCAGGAAACAACUGGGCUAAAGGCCACUACACAGAGGGAGCCGAGCUGGUGGACUCAGUCAUGGAUGUUGUGAGGAAGGAGGCCGAGAGCUGCGACUGCCUGCAGGGCUUUCAGCUCACACAUUCCCUGGGUGGUGGUACCGGCUCUGGCAUGGGAACCCUGCUUAUCAGCAAGAUCCGGGAGGAGUACCCUGAUCGUAUCAUGAACACCUUCAGUGUGGUGCCUUCUCCCAAGGUGUCAGACACUGUGGUUGAACCCUACAAUGCCACUCUCUCUGUGCACCAGCUGGUUGAGAACACUGAUGAGACCUACUGCAUUGAUAACGAGGCCCUAUAUGACAUCUGCUUCCGUACCCUCAAACUCACCACACCCACUUAUGGGGACCUCAACCACCUGGUAUCUGCCACCAUGAGUGGAGUGACCACUUGCCUCCGGUUCCCUGGCCAGCUUAACGCAGACCUCCGUAAACUCGCUGUCAACAUGGUCCCCUUCCCUCGACUCCACUUUUUCAUGCCAGGUUUCGCACCACUCACCAGCAGGGGCAGCCAGCAGUACAGAGCCCUCUCUGUGCCUGAACUCACCCAGCAAAUGUUUGAUGCCAAGAACAUGAUGGCGGCCUGCGACCCACGCCACGGUCGCUACCUGACCGUGGCUGCUGUUUUCCGAGGUCGUAUGUCCAUGAAGGAGGUAGACGAGCAGAUGUUGAAUGUGCAGAAUAAAAACAGCAGCUAUUUUGUGGAGUGGAUUCCCAACAACGUCAAGACUGCUGUGUGUGACAUCCCCCCCCGCGGGCUCAAAAUGGCCGCCACCUUCAUCGGCAACAGCACGGCCAUCCAGGAGCUGUUCAAGCGCAUUUCAGAGCAGUUCACUGCCAUGUUCCGCCGCAAGGCCUUCCUUCACUGGUACACUGGAGAGGGCAUGGAUGAGAUGGAGUUCACCGAGGCAGAGAGCAACAUGAACGACUUGGUGUCUGAGUACCAGCAGUACCAGGAUGCCACAGCUGAGGAGGGAGAGUUUGAGGAGGAGGGAGAGGAGGAAGUCGCCUGAGGCAAAAGUCAUUCAUCAUUACUUAUCUGCCCUCAUUCAUCCGCUCAUCCAACUUCUACUCUGGUCUUUUUUUUUUGCACUAUUCCUGAAUGUGUUGUUCUUUCCCCAUUAUAAUGUUCCCGACUUCUUCUCUUGCUUCUCUUCACCUUUUUCCUCUAUCAGAGUAGGAUUCACACACUAAACAUGUAGUUGGCCCCUGUAGAGGUAACAGACGUGUGUUAGUGCUCCUUUGUCUUUUCUUUGUUUUUCAGAUUUGGCUCAUUCUGGGACCAUUUUGAAAACUUGUUCAAUAAGUCAUUGGUUGAAAUAAAUAUAUUAUAAACAA